UUUUUGAUAUGUAUACGACUAUUUUCUAGUGUUCAUUUAGAUGAACUUGUAGCUAUUUCAUCAAAACCUGUUUGAAGAGAAGCUGAUGGGAAUAUUAAGAAAGCACAUGUACUUUGCCACGAGACACUGUACUGUGGAAAUACAGUAGAAGAAUCGUCUAUUCUUUGUAGCCUACACACUGAAUAAAUCAACGUGAACCUAAUUUUGAAAUAAUCAUCGACUCGAAAAGCAACUUUGGCGGACGUUUGUACGCAGGAGAAUGAUCUCUUAUUUGGUGCAAAAUUGUGGAACGGGCCCUAUACCUCUUUGGAAGUCAGCUUCAUCCGUCUAGUUCAUGGAAUGUUUGAAGCCCUAUCUAUUUUGCUAGACAACACUGGAUUGUUUUGCCCAAAUUGGUCCUGUUUAAGUGAAAUCUUGCUUUGGUGACCCUAUCAUGUGAAGCGAUAUCUUCAGGGCUAAAUAAAAUACUUGUUGGAUUCGAUUGGAUUGGAUUAAUCAUACAUCUGCAUUGAGGGUACACAAGUUAUAGCAAGAUUCAGUAUGUGGUAUUGGGGCUACUGGAUUGUUGUUGCCAAAUCCGUGGUACUUUUUAUAGUAACUGGCAUCGCGAAGUCUUUCGGUGUUUUUAUUCCUACAAUGGUCGAGCGUCUGGAGUCAGAUUAUGCUACUGUCGGAUUGAUAUGUAGCUUGCCUGCAACAUCUAUGUACCUCUUAAGUCCUUUUGUAACACUUGUUCUGAAGAAGAUCAACCAUCGCGUUGUCGCUAUGCUAGGCGGAGUGUUGUGUGGAUCAUGUAUUAUUGCCAGCGCUUUCUUCAAAAACUCAGUUACUGUAGGAGUCUGUCUCGCUUUAUCAGGUGUUGGCUUGUCAAUGACCUACAUGCCAACAGUGAUUGCACUGAAUGAUUUCUUCAGAGAAAAAUUCGUUUUGAUAAACACAAUCACGUUGUACGGCUACACCACUGGAUCCAUGCUGCUCCCUAUUAUAAUGGAACGGUCAUUCGAAGCAUAUGGCUAUGUAGGGGCUUUUAUUAUCCUUGGCGGUAUUGCUUUAAACCUUUUCGCGUGCGGUGCAACGAUACGCAAAGCACCAAGAAACGCAGCUACAAAUGAAGGCAGAAGUGAUAAUGAAGUAAAAGAGAAACAGAAGUGUCUCUCUAAAGGAGAGCCUUCAAUGCAAACAGAAGGCAUCUGUUAUCGCGAGGAGGAGGAGGAAGUGGAAAGAGAGGAGGAUAAGGAGGAAGAUGAUAGUGAAGAGUGCGUCUUAGAGAAAAGGCGUUUGAUUCAAAACGAGAGACGUAACACCAGUACACAGGAAACAUCCCCGAAUGCGCGCUCAUCUUGGACAAGCUCCGCCUUUCAAACCGGCAAACGGUUCUGUGGAAUAUUAAACGAACCACUCUAUCUUUUCACCAUCCCGAUUAAUUUCUUGUGCCUUUUCUCCAUGUAUUCGUGGAUGCUGUUUCUGGUCCCCCACGCUGAACACCUGGGAAUCCCUCCUUCCAAAGCUAUCUUCCUCUCCACAAUUGGCGGCAUAGGUGGCAUCAUCGGUCGGACCAUCUUCAUCAUCCUCGUCGGCAAAGGCAUCAAUGUUUAUGUCGUCUACAUCGCCAUAGGUCUCAUCGGCACGGCAUCAUUUCUGCUGGACUUCAUCAGUUCUGCUUACGCGGUGCGUGCUACCUUGGCUUUUGUCCAGGGUUUCUCCUUCUUCAUCGAGGAUGCUAUUAUGUCCAGUUUAUUCAAAGAUGCAGUCUUUGACAAUCGGAAUUUUAACAUGGCCGUGGCUCUCGGUUUAUUCGCGGGAGGACUGGGGGCGACAUGUGCAGGAACGAUUUCAGGUUAUCUGUUUGAUGUCACCCAGUCAUUCACGAUGGUGUUCAUCAUCGUCGGCUUCAUUCACGCCAUCAUGGUCGUUCAUCUCUUCAUCAUAGCGAUCCUCAUCAAGAGACGACGACAAGAUGUCAGCUCUGAUUUUGACCAUUGAGGAUUUAGAGGAGGAGGCAGAAACUUCCACCUAUCCUCCUUCCUUUUAAAAUAAAUAAAAAGAGCUGUCCUGAACAAGUUGACUGCUUCAUGUGACGUCCUUUUAGGGCACUGGCAGUGCCUAAAAUGACGUCACACGUAGCAGUCCUCUAUGUCGACGUGACUGGGUGCCUGCCAGAUUUGUUUAUUUUCAAUUACAUACAAGUGAUUUAUAAAUGUUCGUGAUAUCAUAUGAUUUUCAACAUCGCGUUUCUCCAUUUCUGUUCCAAACUAACACAUUCCCAAAUAGCCAGGAAGAGCAUAUGUUUUCUAUAGUCAAUAAUGGGCCUUAGUGGCCACUAACAGUAACACUAGUAGAAAAUUCCUUUCCAGAAGCUUUAAUGCGACAAGCACUGCCGGGAGAAAAUCAUGUUACCCAACACUCGGGCUGUGCAUGCUAAGAUUUGCGCACGAAUGUUCCAUACUUACAUGUAUUCAUUUAUUUAUUUAUUUAUUAAUUUCACAUGUUUAUACAGGGUAUCUCAUUCAGAUUAAAAACUGGUCUUCCAUAAGGCCCUGUCUCAUUAGCAAUACACACAUAUACAAAUCAUGUAACACUGCACGUGUACCGUUAAGGGGCCCAGUGGGGAAACUAAAUUCAUAC